AUGGAGUGGGAUAAUGGUGAAGAAGAUGAUCAAAAUAUUGAUGAUUAUUAUGAUGAGCAUGAUGAUAGUUCGGAUCAAAGUUCGGAUGAUGAAGUUUUUAUAAACAGGAAUUGUGUACUUGGUUUUUGGAUGGUUUUGAAGGAUAUGAGAAAAUAUGUACAUAAAGGUUUGAUGGAGAGUAAUGAGCAAAAAGAUAAUGUUCGACGUGUUUUGUUGCACAAUCUUAUGACUUCUAGCGAUGCAUGCCAUAGCAUUCUUAGGGUGAAUUUAGCUGGUUUUAGGCGCUUGUGUGAAAUAUUAAAGCACAACAAUAGGGUAAAAGGCAAUAGGAAUUCAAGUGUUGAAGAAAAGCAACCAGAUGGAUCUGAAAUUCCUCCUCAUAUAGAGAGUAGCAACAGAUUCUAUCCUUACUUUAAGGAUUGUGUAGGUGCAUUAGAUGGAACUCAUAUACGUGUUAAGGUAUCUGAUGUAGAUGCACCUCAAUAUAGAGGAAGAAAGGAUUGGCCAACUACCAAUGUGUUGGCUGGAUGCUCCUUUGAUUUGAAGUUCACAUAUGUUCUAGCCGGAUGGGAAGGAACUGCCUCUGAUUCUCGAAUCAUAAAAAAUGCUCUAUCUAAACGUGAUAAAUUGAUAAUUCCUCAUGGUAAAUAUUAUUUAGUUGACUCUGGGUUUAUGUUGAAGAGAGACUUGAUUACCCCUUAUCGAGGAAUUCGUUAUCACUUGAAAGAAUAUUCGAGAUGUGACCCUACAAAUGCAAAAGAGUUAUUCAAUCUUCGACAUGCAACUCUUCGCGGUGCAAUCGAGAGAGCUUUUGGGGUUUUAAAAAAGAGAUUUCCAAUUAUUGCUAGUGGAACAGAGCCUUAUUAUGAAGUUGAUAUUCGUACCGAUAUUAUCUUAGCAUGUUGUAUUCUUCAUAAUUUUUUAAUGGGGGUGGAUCCAGAUGAGAGAUUAAUUAAUGAAGUGGAUCAUGAAUUGAGUGCAACUUCUAACAAUGAAGCAAGUCACAAUGAAAGACAAGACGAUGACUGGAGGCAAGGAAGCAUGGUUAGAGAUAACAUAGCUAAUGCUAUGUAG